AAACCACACCCCUCUUCUCAAAAACAAACAUAAACUUGUUUGCUAGUAGAAGAUUUAGUUAAUGGCUGCUUUAACUGACUCUAGAUUAACCGUGAUCGGUUUGGCUCUAUUUGUUCUAAUAAUAGGAGGGAGUGUCAAUGCAAACCUUUCUACAAACUUUUAUUCGAGUUCUUGUCCUAAACUUCUUUCUACCGUGAAAGCUAACAUGCAAUCUGCCAUAUCAAAGGAGGCUCGAAUUGGUGCUUCUAUCCUCCGUUUAUUCUUCCACGAUUGUUUUGUCAACGGUUGUGAUGGAUCAAUUCUACUCGAUGACACGCCAACCUUUACCGGAGAGCAACACGCGGCUCCGAACAAUAACUCUGCUCGUGGAUUCGAAGUAAUUGACAACAUAAAAUCAGCUGUAGAGAAUAUAUGUCCCGGAAUUGUAUCAUGUGCUGAUAUUCUUGCCAUUGCAGCCGCAGAUUCCGUCACAAUUCUCGGAGGCCCAACCUGGAAUGUAAAACUUGGAAGAAGAGACGCUAAGACAGCCAGUCAGUCUGCUGCACUUGCCUCCAUUCCAAGACCAACUUCCGACCUCAAUGUGCUUGCCAAAAUGUUUAGUGAUAAUGGUCUUUCCAUCAAGGACUUAGUCGCAUUAUCAGGUGGUCACACAAUUGGACAAGCAAGAUGCACAACUUUUAGGACAAGAAUCUACAACGAGACUAACAUAGAUACUUCUUUUGCUACUACGAGACAAUCAAAUUGUCCAAAUGCAGCAGGCUCCGGGGAUAACAAUUUGGCACCCCUUGAUCUUCAGACUCCCAUUUCUUUUGACAACAACUACUUCAAGAAUCUUGUUCAGAACAAAGGUCUUCUCCAUUCUGACCAACAGCUUUUCAACGGCGGGUCUACCGAUUCUAUUGUGAGUGGCUAUAGUACUAAUCCAAGUUCUUUUUCAUGUGAUUUUGCUGCGGCUAUGAUCAAGAUGGGAGAUAUUAAACCUCUCACUGGAUCAAAUGGAGAGAUCAGAAAGAAUUGUGGAAAAAUAAACUAAGGUUUAAGUUUAAAUUAAUUAAGUGUUAUAUGUAUACAAAAUUGUGUAAUAUAUAUAUAUAUUGAUUGUGUGUGUCGCAGGAGUGUGUGCAAUAAGGUGUAAACC